AUGCCACGCCAAUAUCGCCGAGAUCGCGACAGCGAUCCAGAUCGGAAUCCUGCAUACCACCACCAUUACGAUAACGAUACAUACAACGACAACGACGAUUACGAAUAUGACAGCAGUGACGAAGACCCCAACCGAGAACCAGACUACAGACCGAAUUUCGGGUUCAACUCGCGAUUACCGUUUAAUCUGCGCGGGUUUGUUCCCGUUUGGAAUGAUCCUGAUGGUUAUAAUGAGCAUGACCACGAUGAUAAUGUGAAUAAUGGACAUGGACACGAAUACGGGAAUGCAUAUGAUACGAGACGCACCGUCGCCCCAGAAGAAAGCGCAACGAAACACCAAAGCGCCGAUUCAAGCAACAGUGCCGCGCAUUUAUUAGCCGGCCAGGACCAUGAGGACAGAGGAUAUCCGGACGAAGGACUGCGCGUCGGAAAACGACGGUCUCAGCGCAAGAAGGCGUUGCUGGAUGGUCUUGGGCCCGGUGCUGGUGCUGGCGCUGGUGCGGCGCGAGAUAUCACGAGAGAUCGCCCACAAGGGCGGAUUGUUUCUGGUGCGCAUUUGGAGGAGGGGCGGGGGCAGGUGAGGCAGAGGUCUGGGUUCUUUCCCGCUGGCGGGGCUGGUGGUGGUGGUGGUGGUGCUGCUGCUGCUGGGCCUGGGGAGGAAUUGCUGCGUAAAGAGGGUAAUGGUGGGAAUUGGAACGGGAGUACAGUGAGCUCGAACAUAGUCGACCGACCAUUCUACAAGCGCAAGCGGUGGUGGCUAGGAAUGGGAAUCCUACUCCUCAUCCUCGCAGCUAUCGCCGUCCCAGUAGCUGUCGUGAUGACCAGAAAACACACCAACAAACACACCACAUCAGCCGGUACAGACUCAGACUCCUCCGACGAUAACGCUCCAGCAAACCUCAACCUCAAAGGAAUUAGCCGCGACAGCAUCCCCUCCUCCGCCAAGGGCACCAUCCUUGACCCCUUCACCUGGUACGACACAACCGACUUCAACGUAACCUACACAAACGCCACCGUCGGCGGCCUCCCCCUAAUGGGCCUGAACAGCAGCUGGGACGAUUCGACCCAGGCAAACGAACACGUUCCCCCGCUUAACGAAUCCUUCCCCUACGGCUCCCAACCAAUCCGCGGCGUAAACCUCGGCGGCUGGCUCUCCAUCGAACCCUUCAUCGUCCCAUCCUUCUUCGACAAAUACGAUUCCUGGGAGGGUAUCGUCGACGAAUACACACUGACCCAACGCCUCGGCGACGCCGCAAACGCAACCCUCGAGAAACACUACGCCAAAUUCAUAACUGAGCAGGACUUCAUCGACAUCCGUGACGCAGGCCUCGACCACGUCCGCAUCCAGUACUCCUACUGGGCCAUCAAGACCUUCGACGAAAACGACAAACCCUACGUGUCCCAAAUCGCAUGGCGCUACCUCCUCCGCGCUAUCGAGUACUGUCGCAAAUACGGCCUCCGCGUAAACCUCGACCUGCACGGCCUCGUCGGCAGCCAGAACGGCUGGAAUCAUAGUGGUCGACAGGGCGCUAUCGGGUGGUUGAACGGGACGGACGGCGCACUGAACCGCAAGCGCUCCCUCGAGCUCCACGACUCGCUGUCCAAGUUCUUCGCGCAGGACCGGUACAAAAACAUAGUCACCAUCUACGGCCUCGUCAACGAACCGCUUAUGCUCUCGUUACCUAUCAAAGAUGUCCUUGAGUGGACGACCGAAGUCACAAAACUAGUGCAGGGAAACAACAUCACGGCAUGGAUAGCCUUCCAUGACGGCUUUCUGAACCUGAGCAAAUGGAAGAAAAUGCUCAAGGGCGAUGAUGUCCCCGAUAACAUGCUCCUCGACACGCACCAGUAUACGAUUUUCAACACGGGCCAGAUCGUCCUCAAGCACGCUGAUCGCGUCAAUCUCAUCUGUAAUGACUGGUAUCAUAUGAUCCAGGAGAUUAACACCACGGAUGCUGGGUGGGGGCCCACAAUCUGCGGCGAAUGGUCCGCCGCCGACACCGACUGCGCGCCGUACCUCAACGACGUCGGCCGCGGCACCCGCUGGGAAGGAACUUUUUCCCCCGGUGACAGCACGCAGUACUGUCCCACCGCAGACACCGACGAGAAGUGUUCAUGUGCGAAUGCAAACGCGAACCCCGCGACGUAUACUGAUGGGUACAAGAAGUUCCUGCAGACAUAUGCGGAGGCGCAGAUGAGUGCGUUUGAGACGGCGCAGGGGUGGUUUUAUUGGACUUGGAAGACGGAGAGGGCGGCGCAGUGGAGUUAUUCGACGGCAUGGAAGGGCGGGUUUAUGCCGAAGAAGGCUUAUGAGCCGGCGUUUAGGUGUGGGGAUGAUGUGCCGGAUUUUGGGGAUUUGCCGGAGUAUUAUUGA